CAGUAUCUGAUGCAUUGCCCUCAGCAUCGAAGGAAACAUCACUAGGUCCUGGUUGUGAAAAAAGUAACCUCCCUGAUUCCUCAGCUCUUAAGUUUAAAAUUGAAUUUUUUUAAUUUUUUUUGCUGCCAGAACUGUUAAACAGUUAAAAUAAGCAGAUGCUGAGUUGCGACAUGGUUACCCCAGAAUUAGACUGUGUUUGUGUACAUGUAUGUUAGUCACCCUUGUAGGCUGGGGGAUUGUGUAAUGAUGAUCACAGAGAUGUUGUGAAACUCAAAGCAGCACUUAUGUUAAGCUCAGGUCCAAUCUAUCAACUCUUGACGUUUAAACGUACGUUCGUGCUAUCUGGUGUCAUGUUCGCCCCCGCCCCCCGCCCCCCCGUUCAUUCAAGUUCAAAUGGGACAUCUGAGUCAAUCGAGGUCACGUUUUGGCUUUUCUUCUCCCUUUUUCUCCUGUCUGCCAAUUUCCGUUUUAAUGAAUUUGUACAUGUACUGCAUCAAUUCUUACCCGUAUCUGCUUUGACUACAACAACAUUGCUGUGGAGACUCUCACACAGCCUGAGAUGCACCCAGGGGCGCACACCCACUUUGGUCUCACCUUGAUUUGCAGGCAGCAGCUUUGGUUUUCAGUGAGGAAUAGGACCAAAGGGAACAGAUCUGUCAUCCUCCCUUUCAUUAGACCUGGAUACAUUCUACUCUUAAUGUCUACAAAGUGGUUUUGAUUAAUCAAGUGCUUUAUCAAACUGUCUCUGCUGACUCGUGACUACUUGCCAAGUCAAAUAAACUUUGAGUGAAGAGCCUUUUUGCACAUGUAUUUUGUGCGUCAUCUGUGUUUUGUAGACAUUUUUUUAUUCACGUCAUACUCUGUACCGGUUCAUUAAGUCAUCAUGUGAGUCGAUGUUAAAGCUGCAGUCUGUAAGAAUUAGUUGCAACUAAAGGGGACAUUUAGGGAACUAGGGUGGCCUUUGCGUACCAGAAAGGAUGUUGUUUUGUUUGUUUUUAUGGUUCAGGCGGUUUUAGAAACGUGGUGGUGCGAGAUGGCGUCCUCUGUUAGGCAAGGCCUUUGCUUAAAGCACAUAUACUGUAAUAGUCUUAUUCUAAGGCUAAGAAACAAAACAAACACUGACACAAACCCUCCCACAUGUUACAUACUGGACCUGAAAAAUUCACACCGAGCACAAGCGAAACACUGACGUCUAUCUGUUUAUAAAUGGAAGGAACAUCUGUCGGUCGUUUAAUCACAUAGCUGUUUUGCUCGACAGGCCUCAAACUUGGCAUGUGACUUACUGCGGGCACCAGUGUCCCGCAGCGCAGUGCCCAAUUUGGUGGUGUUUAGAUGAGAAAUACAAGAGAUAUUGGUUAAAGGAACUCCUUGAACUGGUGCUGCACGAGUUAACUAUUAAACACUAGACUUAGACGAGAAGAAUCUACUUCCGUGUAAAAGGUUUUAGUUGUUUUCUUUUUAAUUCUACACCUACAUAAUCUGCACUCCUCUCAUCCACGCCCUGUGAGGAAGGUCAGCAUUAAAGGAGGUGGUGCCAAGUUCAUCUCUAUCCACUCAUAUCAGCAAGCUGUUGGCACAUGUACAUGAGUGUGUGUGUACACACACACACAAUCCCUCGCUGUCUCUCCACCCAUGGGAAAUCCAGGAAGCCAUGCCAAUUCCAGCAGAUGUUCCUGAAGCACAGGCAUCUUGUAAACACCAUGAAAUGUUGAGGCUAAUGUAGUGGUUGCUGACAGAGGUCCUAACACAGGAUUUGAUUUUACCACCUGCUGCAAACACAUAAUGCAGGCUACAUGCUAAGGCACUAAACUCUUGACAGCGUGACGGUAGUCUGUUCACCGCAGCCCCCAAAUAUAACUGAAGCAUAUUUGUGAAUAUAAAGACUUGUUUAUUUAAAUCGAAGAAACAUAAAAAGGGUUAUUGCUCCAGAUUUGUGUCGCGAGUAGUAAUGAGGGCUCCAAGCUAUGGCCGUGUAACUACACAGUGGUAGAAAUGUCGUAUUAAAGCUUAAAUUAAAGUUUAUUGUCUUAUUGAUUCUGGAUUCAAUGUUUACUGCAUGCGAGAACUAACUGUGGUAACUUUAAAGCGCCGUAUGUUAUUGUAUAUAUUACAUAUUAUGUCAGCAGAGAUUAAGGAAAUGUUAGAUUAAAAUAUUGGUACAGUCAUUUUAGUCACAAUUAAAUGAUUCAUUUACAGCCUGUGUGGUUCCACGUAUAGAUCUGAGUCUCGGUUUUGCAUUUUACAUACAGCCUCUUUAAAUCUCUUUAAAUUUUGGAUAGAUAUAUAUGGAUCCAGAUUUCCGAUCACAUUAACAAUUCAUGUGUGUCUGGCUAUAUUAUUCAGACAUCACCUGUGCUUUUCCUAUCAUUCAUUUUAACUGUCACAUCGAUAUAUUCCAGGUUUACUACAUGUGAAAGCAAACAGCGAUCACCAUUAUUCAACUACAUUUGUUGUCUUGUAAUACACAUUUGGUAAGAACAACUUCAGACAAAUUAAGCGGAUAAAUAGCACAUAAAUAAGAAGGACUAAAACAUCUAAACUUGAUUAAUAAAGACAGAAAUGUUGAGACAUUGGAUGCCUCAGGACACUGCUCCUUAAUGCAGUAUAUUUACUUUUUUUAUAGAUGUUUUUCAUUUUACAUCGAUACAUAAAGGAAAAAAUAUAAAUCACCCAAACAAACAAAGUGUUUGACAGAGGGGGCACAAUCACAGACGCAUAAAAUCACUCAUUUAGAAGACAAACAUAAAGUAUGUGUUUAAUCUUGCCUGUUGAAACGCUCUGUUAAGGGUUGCCAGGUUUGUGCUUUUCAUAGGAUAUUUGAAUGCAUUUUAUUUGCUAAUGUCAGGUUUUAUUCCAUCAGAUUCAGUAAGUUUGAGUAUGUAUUAAAGUAUUUUCAUGCAGAAGAGUUUCUAACAGCAUCCACUAUUUUUCUCCUGUCUUUAAAAGAAAAAUCCCUCCUCAUCAGUCCAUAGAGGGAGCCACUGCAGUCUGUGGCUGAUGAUCGCUCCCUGCGCCCCCGGUGAGAGACAAACCCGGAGCUCAACCUGCCCGGUUCACCGCCCCCAGCAUGUCACACUGUACGAGCCGCAUGUUCAUCACUAGUGCUACUUGCACUCAGACAUCCACUUAAACGUCCACUGUUGCGCAGUUUGCGUGGAUAAAAGCCAGGCUCCGCUCCGCUCCGCGCACACGGCUGGACUGUUUUGGACUGUUUUCUCUGGGCACGUAGGGAGAGUUGGAGAUCCACAGGUAAUUGCACACAGUCGGUUCCUCCGCAUCUCGUAGCAGCGUUUCCGCAGACAUGCUGGGGAUCUGUGUGUGUCUCUGCGCUCUGUUCACGCAUGUCCUCUCUCAGGAGGCUGAGGAACCCGUGUCCUACACUUGCACCGAGGGAUACGAGUAUGACAGAGUCCGAGAGCAGUGCAGAGACAUCGACGAGUGCACUUUGUUAGACGACGCCUGCAAAGGAGGGAUGCAGUGCAUCAACCACUUUGGUGGAUACCUCUGCCUCCCCAAGAGCGCUGUCAUCUACAUCAGUCAGGAAACCGAGCAGGUGCCGCCGCCAGAUUCCGUCCCUGCGGUCCCGCCGAACCAGCCUCAGAUUCCGCCGGUGUUUCCUGGUCCCCCGAGAGUCCCUCAGCCCGGCUGGCCCGCCCGCUGUUCGCCAGGAUUUACUGCAGAUGAGCAAAACCUCUGCAGAGACGUAGAUGAAUGUGCCACAGGUAGACACACAUGUGGCUCUGACCAGACCUGCUACAACACCAGAGGCUCCUACACCUGCCAGUGUCCUCCAGGCUACCAGAGGACCGGAGACCACUGUGUGGACAGAGACGAAUGUGCCAUGACCCACUACUGCAUGCACAGAUGUGUUAACACCCAGGGCUCAUACUACUGUGAGUGCAACGCAGGUCACAAGUUGGCCAGCAACAACCACAGCUGUGUUGAUGUGAACGAGUGCGAUGUGCAGAGUCCCUGUCAGCACCAUUGCUAUAACCUGAUUGGGUCCUUCCUCUGCCAGUGUGACCAGGGCUACGAGUUGGCACAAGACAUGGUCUCUUGCCAAGAUAUUGAUGAAUGCGGCUUCUCCAGCUACAUGUGUCAGUACCAGUGUAUCAACAGCCCAGGAAGUUACUCCUGUGAAUGUCCAGAAGGAUAUCAACUCCAGGGAAACAGGUUUUGUCAAGAUAUAAAUGAAUGCGAAACAGGGACCCAUAACUGCCAAGAUGAUGAAAUGUGCUGGAAUUAUUACGGGGGCUUCCGCUGCUAUACCAGAAACCCCUGUGAGCCGCCUUAUGUCAAAACCUCCGAGAAUCGCUGUAUCUGCCGCUCUCAGACGAGUGCAGAGUGCCAGGGUCUCCCACCGUCAGUUGUCUACAAAUACAUGAGCAUCCAGGCGGAACGCAGCGUGCCAGCGGACAUCUUCCAGAUUCAGGCCACCAACAUCUACGCCAACACACACAACACCUUCAGGAUCAAAGCUGGGAAUGAGGCAGGAGAAUUCUUCCUGCGGCGUUCCAGCAACGUGAGUGCCAUGCUGGUGCUAACUAAGCCUCUAACAGGCCCGAAAGAGUACAUCGUGGACCUGGAGAUGAUCACUCACCAUCUGACCAUGAACUACCGCUCCAGCUCACUGCUGCGGCUCACCAUCAUCGUCGGGCAUUACGCUUUCUGAGCAGCGCAAC